AGAAAAAACAGAGAGGUCGUUCUCAUUUUGCCACAGUAAUUAUAUGGGCGUGGUUUCACAUACCGGAAGUCAGUUUGUUGAUUGCAGCCCGGCAGGCGCGCGCACACAAAGAGAGAUUGCAGUUGGCCAAUCUUUGUAGCUAUACGCCCCAGAGAGAGAGAAGAGAGAUCAAGAGAAGUUUCGUGCAUCUGUACGGGAUAGUGCAAUAGCUAUAUGCAGCGCUUGCCCAAAGUUUGAACUUCAUAUCCUACAGGUGUAAACCACACUCCCCAGAGAAUCAUACAAUGCAGCCUCUAACGCAGCUAGGAAAGGUUUUAUCAGGAGUUCUGUUCUUGAGCUCAAUGUUGCUAAGAACUAGUGGCACCCAAACACUGCAAUUUCUUGGCCAACCGCAAUUCAUAGCCCAUGUUUCUCUCGCUGCUCCACCAGGCAGCGUCAUCUACACAUUACUGGCAAUCAAUAGCACAUUCAGAACCCCCGAGGGU